AUGGAAUUGGGUUCAUCGUACUCAGACGCUUCCUCUUCACGCGAAGAGGACGAGGUAGAUGAAGGUCAAACUGACCAGGACGAUAUCAUAGCAACUGGAAUGGCUCAAGAAAUAGAGGCCAUAAAGUGGGAGAGGGAUGCCCUAAAACGAGAAAUAGAAGAACUUCAAAACCAAUGUAGGGGCAUUUGGCCACUGAAAGGUCUUGCCUACGAAGUCGCAGGAGAGAGAAAAUUAUUUACAUUAGAAGAAGAACUCAAAGCAGAGAUAACAGAAAACAUAAUGGAGGAGAGACAAGUUCUGAGGCUGAGGCUGGAAACAGAAGAGGUCAGAGACCAAAUUAAAUCAUCUGAUAAACGCGCCUUAAACAACGCUAGAGGCGCCUUAAAACUUGCAACAGAAAAUCUCCUUGACCAGCGUAAGGCCGCUGCAAGACUGGAAGAGCAAUUGAACCGUGCAAGAAAGCGAUAUGAAGGCAUCACAACAGAGAGAGAAUCAGCAAAAUUAAAAUGCCAAAAGUCAGAAGCGGAUUGUAAGGACAUGAGGAAGAAUUUGGAGGCCCUCAGAGCUGAAAGAGGAAAACUCUUAGCUCAUAUUAAGAACUACGGUCUACCGAAAGAACAAUUUAUAGCGGCAAAAGUGCAAUGUGCCAACGUCACAAAAGAGAGAGACUCUAUCGCAGAAAGGUCCAUACGCUCACAAGCGAAUAGUAAUUCCUGCAAGAAGAUUAUAGAGGCGCUAAAAGUUGAAGGAAGGGAAUUCCGAGACCAGUUUAAGGACUAUGAUCUAAUGCAAAAACAACUUAACACUGUAAGAGAGCAAUGCGAAAAUAUUAAAAAAACAGAGAAACGUUUAUAUACUAAAGGCACAAAAACUAAAACAGAGAAGAGAGUCAAUAAUGAUUGA